UUCAGUGUUAAUUCUUCAACCCUCGAGAAUAUACCGACCAUGAAUCAAGACCCCUAUUUUUAUGACCACGCCACACCGGUCAUCAUUCCCGAGGCCGCCCUGGACGCGAACGAUCAAGAUCCUCUCCUAGCCCGUUCCCCGUCUCCAACAUCAAGCUUGAAGCCAUUGCUGGGGAGCGAUCAAGAGUUCUAUGGAACUGUUAGGGAAGGUGUAAGUCGUUCUGUGGAGGACGACGUACUACCCGAGACUUCAGUCCUGGGACGUACUAUCACCUGGCCCAGUGCUUACAUUCUCGUCAUAUCUCGUGUCAUUGGAAGCGGCAUCUUCGCAACGCCCGGUGUAAUCGUAAAAUCAGUCGGCAGCGUUGGUCUGAGUCUUACCUUGUGGGUUGUGGGCGCAAUCAUUGCGGCUUGUGGGCUUGCCAUAUCUCUCGAAUAUGGGUCCAUGCUCCCUCGAUCUGGCGGCGAUAAAGUCUAUCUCGAGUUUACGUACCGAAAACCCAGAUUUCUGGCCAGUACCCUAGUUGCAGUGCAGGCUGUGCUGUUGGGAUUCACGGCGAGCAACUGCAUCGUUUUCGCUCAGUACACGCUCUUCGCAUUCGAUAUUGAGGCCACCGACUUUCGGCGCAAAACACUGGCAGUGGGGCUUCUCACAGUCAUCACGAUUGUUCACGGAUGCUUCUUGAAGACCGGCAUCCGGAUUCAAAACUUUCUGGGGUGGAUCAAGGUCGGGUUGGUCAUAUUUAUGGUCUUUGCUGGCCUGUUUAUAGUGGCCUUUCGACCCGAGAAUGAGGGAGGUCAACGGAGCCAUUUCCCCAAAGGUGAAGAUAUAUGGAAAGAUACAGAGUGGAGUUGGGGUGUCAUAUCAACCACGUUGUUCAAAGUGUUCUACUCGUACGCCGGGUUGAGCAACAUCAACAAUGUCUUGAACGAAGUCAAGAAUCCAAUCCGAACACUCAAGACGGUCUCCGUGACAGCUCUGGCUACUGCUUGCAUCUUGUACUUGUUAGUAAACAUUGCCUACUUCAUUGUAGUGCCGCUAGAUGAGAUUCGCGAAAGUAGAGAGCUCAUUGCGGCUCUUUUCUUCGAGCGUAGCUUUGGACCACGACUCGGGAAAACUGUACUUCCGCUGGCUGUUGCGCUCUCUGGAGCAGGUAACGUCAUGGUAGUGACGUUUGCUUUGGCCCGGCUCAAUCAAGAGAUUGCACGACAAGGAUUCCUCCCAUUUUCCAAAAUCUUAGCAUCGUCUAAACCUUUCAACGCGCCUAUGGGCGGACUCAUCAUUCAUUACAUACCGUCACUUCUGGUCAUUGCACUACCUCCCUCCGAAGAUGUUUAUUCUUUCAUACUUGAGGUGGAAGGCUAUCCAGGCACCAUUUUCGGCCUGGCCAUCUCUAUAGGGCUUCUGUGGCUACGCUACAAGCGACCGGACUUGAAACGCCCUUUCAAAGCAUGGAAAAUUGCCGUUUUCGUGCGAAUUUUGUUAAGUAUUGCAUUAUUGGCAGCUCCUUUUUUCCCGCCCAGGGACGGGACGAGCACAGGUGGAAUUUGGUACGCCACGUACGCUGUGGUGGGCAUUAGCAUCAUUGUUUUUGGUUUACUAUAUUGGGCUGUGUGGACCAAGUUGAUUCCUAAGUGGAGGGGUUAUCAACUUGAAGAAGAGACAAGUGUUCUUGACGAUGGAACUACUGUCACGACACUUGUUCACGUUCCUAAAUAA